GCCGCCAUUUUGGCUUUGAGUUUCUCUCAUUUGCCAGCAGCGGCUGUUGCGCCGGGAGCUCCGUCCUCCUUCUCCGUUUCUGAAUCGCGACAAAGGCAACAAGGAGCCCCGCGAAGGCACCACCAUGUCGGCCAACAGGAACCUGAAGCAAGUGAGGAUCGAGAACAGCUCCCCGGCGGGCGCGGCGCCGAUGAGCCUGGUGGGCGGCGGGAGCGUGAAGGGCCUGCGGGGCCUGGAGCCGAUGCCCAUGCCUGCCCUGCCGCCCCCUCCCCCGCCGGAGAGCGAGAAGGCCGGCCAGGAGCAGGAGCAGGGCGGCCCGGGCAUCACCGUCGACAUCAAGAGCUUCCUCAAGCCCGGCGAGAAGAGCUACACGCAGCGGUGCCGCCUCUUCGUGGGGAACCUGCCCACCGACAUCACCGAGGAGGACUUCAAGCGCCUCUUCGAGCGCUACGGGGAGCCCAGCGAGGUCUUCAUCAACAGGGACCGCGGCUUCGGAUUCAUCCGCCUGGAAUCUAGGACCCUGGCUGAGAUCGCGAAGGCAGAACUUGAUGGAACUAUUUUGAAGAGUAGACCACUCCGAAUUCGAUUUGCUACCCAUGGAGCUGCUUUAACAGUAAAGAAUCUUUCACCGGUUGUUUCCAAUGAGCUUCUGGAGCAAGCUUUCUCUCAAUUUGGCCCUGUGGAAAGAGCGGUGGUUGUUGUAGAUGAUCGUGGCAGGGCAACGGGGAAAGGUUUUGUAGAGUUUGCGGCAAAACCUCCAGCUCGUAAAGCUUUAGAAAGAUGCAGUGAUGGAGCAUUUUUGCUAACAACGACUCCUCGACCUGUUAUUGUAGAACCUAUGGAACAAUUUGAUGAUGAAGAUGGGCUGCCUGAGAAAUUAAUGCAAAAAACACAACAGUAUCAUAAGGAGAGAGAACAACCGCCGCGUUUUGCUCAGCCUGGAACAUUUGAAUUUGAGUAUGCUUCACGAUGGAAGGCUCUUGAUGAAAUGGAAAAGCAACAGCGGGAACAAGUUGAUAGAAACAUUAGAGAAGCUAAGGAGAAACUAGAAGCUGAAAUGGAAGCAGCUCGACAUGAGCACCAGUUAAUGCUGAUGAGACAAGACCUAAUGAGACGUCAAGAAGAACUGAGACGUUUAGAAGAACUUAGAAAUCAGGAACUGCAGAAACGGAAGCAAAUACAAUUGAGACAUGAAGAAGAACACAGGCGACGAGAAGAAGAGAUGUUGCGUCAGAGAGAACAGGAGGAAUUGAGGAGACAGCAGGAAGGAGGAUAUAAGUCAAACUUCAUGGACAACCCUGCCUUUCCUUCAGUGAGCUCAGACAAGAAUCCAUACUUCCUCUCCACUUUAUCGUCACAACAGCUCUAUCAAAGAGAACAGGAAAUGAGAAUGGGUGAUAUGGGUCCUCGUGGAGCAUUAAACAUGGGAGAUGCCUUUAGCCCAGCACCUGCUGGUACCCAAGGUCCUCCUCCACCACCUCCAAUGAUGGGUAUGAAUAUGAACAACAGAGGAGCAUUGCCUGGCCCUGCAAUGGGCCCUGGUCCUUCCUUGGGUCCAGAAGGAACUGCAAACAUUGGAACCCCAAUGAUGCCAGAUAAUGGAGCUGUGCAUUCUGAGAGAUUUCCUCAAGGAGGCCCACCGCAAAUGGGUUCACCUAUGGUUAGUAGGUCAGGCUCUGAAACUCCUCAGCCAGCUAUGGGUGGUGUAGGUGCUGUCAGUAGCGGACCCGGUGGCUUUGGUAGAGGAACCCCAGGGGGCAGCUUUGACGGACCUAACAAGCGGCGCAGAUACUGAAACCUUUAUUUCAUAUUAUUGAGAAAACUGAAUGACUACCCGGUGUUAUGCCUUUAUAAUUUUAGCUGUUACUUUCAGAACGGUUUAAUUGUUAAUAUAGUCAUGAAAUUUUUUUUGUAAACUUUUGACUUUUGUAUUCACUCAUAGCCUUUAGUAUAGAGGAGAAAUAAUGUUUCAUUUUGUAUGUCAGUUGUUUGUGACUUCAGCAAAAUAUAAUGUGAACAUGCUGUGAAAUUUGUGAGUUACAUGCUUACAAUAAAAUAUAAAAUCAGUUUAAAUGGUUCUGAAACAUUGUUAUAAAUACUGUCCUUGACUUUAAUUGUGAGCAAUCAUUUUAAUUUUUUCAUUAUAAUGCUUGUCGUUUGAAAGAAAAAAAAUCUUUAUCCAUUGUUAACUGUAUGCAAAUGAAAAGUCUGCUUGCAGAACACAAGUAGAAUAGAUGCUGAGGCUUGAGCAACUUUAGAAUAAGUGAAACAUCCAGUAAGCCAUUGCAGAUUUGUUUUUAAAAUGUUACUUCUCACCGGUGUGUACAAAUCUAGUUAAUGGGAUUGUCAUCGUAAUGUAUCCUGUGUUCAACUCUCAAAUAAACACUUGAAAAACA